UUGGUCCUCCAGAGCUACCGUAGUUGUCAUGGCGUUCCUGUUAGGAGCCGUGUUCGCUCUUUUACUUUUAUGUUUGUUAUUUAUUAUCCGAUUAUAUGUCGUCGUGAAGGCCGGCUCGAGCUAUAAACCUGGAACCAGAGGUCCGGUGUCUGUUCUGGUCGUCGCAGGAUCAGGCGGCCACACCACGGAGAUCCUGCGGCUGAUGGAGAGCUUGUCUGCGGCCUACACCCCUCGACACUACGUCAUCGCCGACACCGACCGGAUGAGUGAGGAUAAGAUCUGCACCUUCGAGAGCUCUAAACACUCCGACUCUCAGGUACACAGCUGUCCACAGUUCUCCAUCAGUCGGGUCCCACGCAGCCGGGAGGUGCACCAGGCCUGGAGCUCCUCGGCCCUCAGCACCCUGGACGCCCUGAGGGCCUCGCUGCCGCUGGUCUUCAGACUCAGACCCGACGUGCUGCUGUGUAACGGCCCGGGGACCUGCGUCCCCCUCUGUGUGACGGGCCUCCUGCUCGGCAUUCUGGGAGUGAAGAAGGUGUCCAUCGUGUUCGUGGAGAGCGUCUGCCGGGUGGAGUCCCUGUCGCUCUCGGGGACGCUGCUCUACCCGCUGGCCGACCUCUUCUUCGUGCAGUGGUCGUCUCUGAGGGACAAAUACCCCAAAUCCAUUUUCCUUGGAAGACUCGUGUGAAGACAUCAGUGACACAAGAGGAAAUAUGUUGUAAUGGAUUUUUUGUAAUUAUCAUAAAUAAAUGCUCUUAAAUUUU